CUAACCUCAUUCGACAUCGACAUUCAGUAGCAUUUGCAGUUUACGGUUUAUAGUGUUUGUACUUAUACUUGGAUAUUGAAUAGCGCAGUAUUUAAUAUUUUAAUUUAUAAGUAUAUAAUACUAUAGACUACGAUUCUUCAAUGCGACAUUCUAUUUUAUUGAUUCAGCUUGUGAUUUGUAUUUAGAAUUUGGAUUCAUACAUCAGAACUCAAUACUGAAUCAUUAAUAGCAUUACAGUACACCUAGGUACCACAUGGUACUUUUUUAAUAACCUUUCGGUAAAUCAAUUAAACCAGAAUAAUCACUAAUCAGGUCUAACGUCUUAGACAAUUCCUGGUUUGAAAUUAACUCCAACAGAAAYUAAAGAUGGAUUCCAUACACAGUUCAUCAUAUUAUGGAAGUGAACAAAUGGAUAUUAUGGGAUCAAGUGAAUGUGAAUCACCAAUAAACUAUUCAUAUUUCUCUCACAUUGUUAAUGUAUUUGAAGCCCUACAAUCUUUACGCCAAGAUGAAGUUUUUUGUGAUAUUGGAUUAAAAACAGAUGAUGGUACAAUAGUAUUUGGACAUAAAGUUGUAUUAAUGUCCGCUAGUCAAUAUUUUCGKGCUAUGUUUACAAAUUUUAAUGAAAGCCAAAAAAAUCUUGUUAAUAUAAACGAAUUAAAUUCUACGGUUUUGAAACUAAUGAUAGAUUUUAUUUAUACUGGGAAGAUCAUGAUCAGCAAAGAAAAUGUACAGGAUUUGUUACCGGCUGCAAAUCUCUUACAGUUAGACUAUGUAAAAGAUGCAUGUGUUAAGUUUUUACUAACACAACUGGAUCCUUCAAAUUGUCUUGGUAUUAGGGCAUUCGCCGACUUACAUAACUGUUUGGAAUUAACAACAAGUUCUGAAGCAUACAUUAGAAAAAAGUUUCUAGAUGUGGUUAAAGGUGAUGAAUUUCUAUCUUUGUCUACUGAAGAAGUGAUUAAGCUGAUUUCUAGUGAUGUGCUUAACGUCCCAUCUGAAGAAAAAGUAUAUGAAUGUGUUAUUAAUUGGGUAUACCAUAAAUUAGAUGAUAGAUAUGAUAGUUUGCCUAAAUUAAUGGAACAUGUACGUUUGCCACUGUUGAACAUAAAUUACAUAUCAAUUAAUGUAGUUGAGGAACUUCUUAAAAGUAGUCAUUUGUGUAAAGAUUUUAUAAUUGAAGCUUUUCAAUUGCAUGUGCUUAAAACAAAACAAUUAAGCACUAUUCCACAAACUAUUCGAAAUACACCUAGAAAGUCUGGACAAAAAGUUAUUCUAGUAUUCAGUAAUGCUUUGAAAAUCCACUCGUAUGAUCCAACAACUAACUUAUGGCAGUUUUUACCAGAAAUCAGAUUGAAAAGUGGUAAAGAAAUUGUAGAAAAGCUGACCUUAUUCAAAGAGCAUUAUGUUGUUGUUAUGGGUACUGGAAAAUCUAAGUCAUUUCUAAAAAUUCUUGAUUUAUCUAUAAAACCACCAAGUUGGAUAUCUAUGGUUGAAACAUUAGUUUUUAGAGAGUCAUUCGGAUUAGCUAUAUUUGAUGAUUUUUUAUAUGUAGUUGGCGGAAGCAGUAUUAACGGAUUUAUUUUGAGCAGUGUGGAGGUUUUUGAUAUGAGUAUUCAAGAAUGGCGAAUGAUGUCGUCUAGAAUGUUCACUAAGAGAAGUUAUUUUGGUUUUGGAGUUCUCAAUAAUCUUUUAUAUGUGGUAGGAGGGAGUAGUUAUGAUGAUGAUAAUUCUUUAAUAUUGAAAUCUGUCGAAUGUUAUGAUCCCAGACUUGACACAUGGACACAGCUUGCGGAAAUGUCAACAAGUCGUUUUGAUCCCAGUGUAGGAGUAAUGGAUGGUGUAAUAUAUGCUGUUGGUGGUGAAAAUGAAGAUGAAGAAUGUCUUAAAAGUGUAGAAGUAUAUAAACCAAGUUCUGGAAUUUGGACUUCUAUUGCUGAUAUGCAUUUUAGCCGAUGCGGUUCUAGUGUAUUUGCAUUAGAUGGUUUGUUGUAUGUUGUGGGUGGAAAAAAUGGUGAGGUUCAGAUAGAAUCUAUAGAAAUUUACAACCCCAACACCAAUACUUGGUCCAUUGAAGAAAUGUCAAAAAGUAUGGGUGAAAUUGUUGGUGGAGUAAUCGUUGAUAAGGAAUUAGUAACCAAAUUUUAUAAUUAAUGAGUAUAUGUGACUCCAUUGUUUAUGUAUAGAUUAUACACAAAAUGUAUCAUAUAUAGUAAGAAAUGCAUAAUUUUGUGUGAUUUAUAAUAAACCAUUUAUUGAU